AAAAUGGAAUGGUUAAACUUCAGAGUCGAGAUGGAAUGUCAGGCCAGGUAAAGCUAGAAUCGGCCUUUCCGCUUGCAACUUGCUAUGCGUGAAGCUUGCCGACGACCUAGCGGACCCUUUUGUCCCUCCAGUUUGUCGAAAUUUGCUAUCGUAGGCACUACUUGUUCUUCUGCUAUCACUUUUUUCUGUCGGUACUUCAGUCACUCAGCGGAACCGUACCUGAUGAUCAGGCAACCAUAAUGCUUCCAUGAAUCGAAAGUGAUUCCCUGGUUUCUGACGAUAUCGUACAAUGUUAUAGUGAAGCUGACGGAGAGAAUGCUUUACGGGAACAUGCUCAGCAUCACGGUCUUAACUGAAAGAUCUGUCUCGGCGGAGUUAGUCCUAUGGCUGGGGGAAGGAUCUGUGCCCGGAGUUGAUCCUGGCAAGAUCAAACAGUAAGAAAGCUCCAAAGCUUUCUCCAAAACUUUCAUAUUGGGACGAUAUGCUAUAUUACUUUGUCUAGUAAACGAGGAUUUGAACGGCUCUUAUAUCCUACAGAGUUUGUCUCUUAUAGAAUCUUCGGUUAAAAGCGAUGGCGAACAGAAACUUGUCAAGGACAUCAGGAAAGAAAGGAGAUUAUUAUUACCUGUAUACUGACUAUGUAUGUGUGCAUGCAGGCAAUGGGAAUGCAGGCGGAAAUGAACAAGCUGGACUGAGGGUCGUCCUGGGUGAGAGAUGACUAUUCUGUUUCCAACGAAGCAAACCGAGUUGUCCAAAGCUAAUUAUAUUCUACGCCACGUCAAGAGGCUUUCUUCUCCGAGUGUCGUAGUUCCAUCGGCGGGCCCUUAUGGAUCGAGCCAUUGCCGAUCAUUUCGACAGACCGUAAGGAACAUAACCAGGGUGGUUUCUAAUGAAAAACCAGAGAUACAUGAAGUAUUGGAGGAGAUUAAUCAAUUUAAGCAAAUUUAAUCUUUUUUAACAACUGUGCUUGGUUUUUGUUUGUCGUGCUAUACUCUCAUAGUGGUACAUAAGGUACAGCGGAGGUUUCACGUUUUCUCAACAGCUGUUUUACACUGAAAUCAGCUGAAAAAAAAUCCUUUCUUCAUACGUGUCGUCUUGUGGCUCCUUGCAUCAGUGUUUGGAUGGAGAUCAGCAGCUCAUCUGGUUCUCAGACUCAGAAUCUUCCAUUACCGGAUAUUGAAAAGAACGACUCUGACUACAGUCUCCCACCGCCGAUAAAGUCGAAGCAGCAGCAGCAACUAACUGCUUGUGUUCCAUGGGGAAAACGCGUCGAAGAGCUUCCCGGAUUUCUGGAGGCCAUGACCGCUGCAAAAGAGCGUCAAACCCGGCUCGGCCCGGACGAAAAAAGCCGAAGCUUUCUCAAAGUUAUGUGCAAGACGAGCGCAAACGGAUGGAUCAUGGGAUUUCCGUUAAAGUUUUCGAGGAAAUACAUGCCGCAGCGGCGAGCCGAGCUAACUAUCUUGGACGAGAGCGGUGAUUCGUGGCCAGUGAAAUGGGUGUGGACACCCGGUUUGAUGCACCCGUCGAUCAACGCCGGCUGGAAGCUUUUCAGCACCUCUCACGGCCUCGAGAGAGGGGACGUGUGCCUCUUCCAUCUCCACAACGCGAAGUCUCUGGCUUUCAAAGUUUACAUUUUCAAGAGGCAGCGGAGGGGAAGCAAGCGUAAGCAUCAACAGCAGCAGCAGCAGCAGCGUGGCCGCAUCGGUUUCAACACAGCAGACGUGAUUCCAGACUCGGAGGAAGAGGAAGGCUACGAACAAGAAGAAGACGAUGGAGCCAGCUUCGAGGAGCUGGAAGACAUCACAGGUACGACGGAGAUCAAGCUCUCGGUGAGCCAGGCAAAUCCUUGGGAACGCGCAUCGAUGAGUGGUCGACAAAGGCUGUGA